ACUGAGAUGCAUCUCUUAACUGCCAAAAGAAUCCUCCACUAUCUACAGGGAUGGGUUGUUUUUCAAGAAGGGUGAAAAGUCAGAGUUGAUUGGGUUUACCGAUAGUGACUUUGCGGGAGAUCAAGAUGAUAGGAAAAGCACUUCAGCUUAUGUUUUUAUGUUUGGUACAGGAGCUGUCUCAUGGUCAUCCAGAAAGCAACCUAUAGUUACCUUAUCAACCAUCGAAGCUGAAUUUGCUGCUGGAUCAGCUUGUGCUUGUAAGCCAUUUGGUUGAGGAAAAUCCUUAAAGAAUUACUUUUCAAGCAAGAAAGUGCUACUGCAAUUUUUUGUGAUAAUACCUCAGCCAUCAAACUCUCCAAAAAUCAUGUACUCCAUGGAAGAAGUAAGCAUAUUGAUGUGAAGUACUAUUUUUUUGAGAGAUCUCAACAAUGAUGGAGCAAUUGUCUUGAAGUACUGCAAAAAUGAGAAAGCUGCUUGGUGUUUGCACCUUGGACACGUUGGAGAAGCACAACUAGUAAAUUGAAAAACCAGGUUUCAGUUUAAGGGAGGGAAUGUUACAUAUUUCUGUUUAUCUGUUUUGUUUACUUGAUCAAUAAAGUCAUAAGGCUUUAGGAGUUAAUUUCAUGGUUCAGCAAAAUAAGACUGCUGCCUAAACUUUAGAAGAAAUUAUCACGUUCAAAUCCAUGUAACUGAUAGAGAGAUAUUUUCUACUGUUUCUGUUAUGGAGAAACCUAUUUAAAGGGCUGCAACAGUCAAUAAAAACACACUUCACCCAUAUCUUUUCUUCGUUCUCUCUUCACCUUUACCUCUCUUUUUUAUUCUCAGACUAUUAACAAAUUGACCAUGCACCCAACUCUGUUCAACUUCAAUAAUUGGUAAUUUAAAGGUGUUUGAUUGCCACUUUCUUUGGAUUGACCGCGAAUCAAGCCAAGCUCAAGGUCAAGAGCAUACGUGGAGUUGUGUUGCUGCUGGAGAUGAAGCAAAGCAAGUGAAGAGGAAAGUUUAGUACGAAUAGGAGAGAGAGGAUGCUCAGACUUAUAUUCAACCGUCACGUGCCUUUAUUUCAGAUUUCAUAAUUAUGUUUUUUAUAUAUAUAAAAAAGUCAAUGAGUUAUCAUCUUUUGAGUGGUUGUGUGCAAAGUGUGAAGUGUCAGGUUUGUGUGUAUGCAAGAUUUACUCCAGUUUAUCAGUUAUGAUUUAGGUAUCUCAAUUUGCCGCUCUUCCGCUGCGCCGCCCCUUAUCGUCACCACAAAAACUAAGAUACUACUCAAUAGAUCUUAACUUCGUAACCACUCACGCGCCGCCGUCAACCGUCUACGACUGCCAGAGUUCAUUUGGACAAAAGACAAUGGGACAGUAGAGAAUUCUAUAAACCUUGGGAGCUGCAUGUCAUCUAUACAGUGAAUAUAGUCUAAUUUACUUAGAUAACAAAAGACACAUAGGAUGGAACCCCGUAGAGAGCGAAGAAAAAAAUUAGUUCGUCGCAUACCAAAGGAAGGCAUAAAAAAUACCACGAAUACUGAGUCAGCUGUAGUAGAUGAAACAAAUAGUGAUAAACAAGUUUCUUGUAGUAAUGAGUUGCGGAAAUUAUCCGGUUCUAGUAUAAAUACAGAUAGGCAAAAAACUUUGCAAAUUUCUACAGUUAGACCGUCAAUUUUGUGUUUAAAGAAGAAGCUUAUUGUUCUUGAUUUAAAUGGGCUGCUUGUGGACAUGGUUUCUCCCCCUCCAAAGUACUGUAAAGCAGAUGCAAUCAUAGGAAGGAAAGCAAUGUUCAAGAGACCUUUUUAUCUUGAGUUUCUGAACUUCUGCUUUGAGAAAUUUGAAGUGGCUGUAUGGUCUUCAAGAACCAAGAAAAAUAUAAAAAAUAUCAUUGAUUGUUUGAUGGGAAACAUGAAAGAAAGGUUGCUUUUUUGUUGGGAUCUUUCUUAUUGUACCAAAACAAGUUUCAAAACUCUUGAAAACGAGCACAAGCCACUGGUUUUUAAGGAUUUGAGGAAAAUUUGGGAGAAGCAUGAUUCUAAUCUUCCAUGGGAGAAGGGAUACUUUAAUCAAUCAAAUACAUUGCUGUUGGAUGAUUCUCCAUACAAGGCAUUGCUUAAUCCGCCGUACAACUCAGUGUUUCCACACACGUUCAAUUUUCAGAAUAAGAGCGACAAUUCACUAGCUGCUGGAGGUGAUCUGCGACAAUAUUUGGAUGGUUUGGCAAAUGCUGAAAAUAUGGUGAAGUAUGUUGAGCAACACCCAUUUGGUCAAGAAGCUAUCAAUGAAAGAAGUCAAAGUUGGAACUUCUACCUCAAUGUUAUUGACAGUCUUUCUACCUGAAGAGUGAAAACCGUAUCCGUCAACUUGGAUAUCAAUGCUUACUCUGCCAGCUAAACGAGUCACAGUGGUUUUCAACAGAAAUGGAAAUAUAAAAGUCUUCUCUUCUUAUUUUUGGUUAAAUUAUUCAAUGAUCUCUAAAUUAUUUGGAAAUUUUCAAAUAGGUCCUAAAGUAUUGUUUUUUUAUCCAUAGACUAAAAAAGCAGGCCUCUAGGAUUAGUUUAUACCAGCUUGAAAUUGUUAGAAAAUGGCAAUUUACGUCGGUUUAUAAAUUUUAGGAAUUCAACAACAUGAUCAAGGAUCCAAUUUUUUUUUUUUUUAAAAAAAUAAAAACUUCAUUUAGGGACUUGAAUAUUAUCAAAUAAUUAACCGAGUAUUUUAACUCUUAUUUUUCUCAUCAAUAAUGCAGCAUUUUUUUUUUUCAUUUUUGAACCUUUGAUCAUCUUGUAAAACAUUUAUAAGGAAGAAAAGCUGUAACAGCAAGCUGGCUUA